AUGUUUAUUAGAACUUCGACACUUCUUUCUCGUACUCUUCUUCGUAACAGCACCAAAUUUCAUUCAAAAACAAUAUAUUCUAAUAAAGUAAUCUCUAACUUUUCAAAUAAGGGAUUUCAAAAUAAUAAUUUUCAUCAAGCAGCGCGCAAAAAUAUUUCACCCUUAUCAAUACCAUUUCGCUCAAAAUAUAAAAUGAAUGAUACAAUUUUAACGCAACAGCGACCGGAAGUUAAUGAAUCAUUAUUACAUUAUCAGAGUAAUAAUGGUAGUAGUAAUUCAUUGAAUGCAAGACAGUAUGUUACUAGGAAUGGCUGUGAGCAAGAAGAAAUAAAAAGGUGGAGUUGGACAUGGUGGAAAGAAUUUACUAUUAUUCUCACGGUGUUUGCUAUCACUGGAUCAACAACCGUUAGAAUCGUUAGACCCAUCGUCACUCAUGUAUUUGGGAUUGAAGGUGGUUUCAUAGAUGGUCCAUGGUCAUAUAGGCUUGCAUAUCUUAGUAUAACUCUUCCGUUAUAUUCUAUAAUAUUGUUGGUUGUAGGAACCAUUUUUAGGCGUCAAAACUAUUUUAAAAGAAUUGUUUUGAGAAUGUGGGGAAGAUUUAUUCCUAAUAGAUUAACUAAAAUUAAAGGCGGUGACGGUUUAGUGUGA